AAAUUUAACCACAGAGGGGAGGGGAGUGUUGUGGGAGAGCAGGGGACAUGGUUAAGACGGCUUCCAGUUGACUAUGUGUCUGCGGUGGUCAGCGGAAGAGCCCUGGGCCGCAGCCUGGGUCUUGAUUUCUGCCUGUGUUGAGAUGUGAAGAUGGACGACUGAGUCAUUUGGCUUUUUCAAAGCGGAACAAAGCGUCUCGCUAGAAGGAGUCUGCUUUUCCUGUCCAUUCAAGGGCAAUGCUUGAGGGCCCUCUGAUCAGGUGCCGUACUGAGGCCUGUCUGCAGAUCGGGGCGGCCCCAUGGAGCCUCCAGGACAUGAAAAGCUUCAGGAGAUUUUUUAGGUUUACAAGGUGGUUUUCACCAGAACAUUGAGCGGAUACAGCCAUGGGAGACUGGAACUUGCUAGGAAAGCUUCUGGAAAAAGCCCAGGAGCACUCCACCGUGGUCGGAAAGGUCUGGCUCACGGUCCUGUUCAUCUUCCGCAUCCUCAUCCUGAGUGCCGCCACUGAGAAAGUAUGGGGCGACGAGCAGUCGGGGUUCACCUGCGAUACCAAGCAGCCUGGUUGCGAGAACGUUUGCUAUGACAUCACCUUCCCCAUCUCCCACGUCCGCUUCUGGGUGCUGCAGAUCAUCUUCGUGUCAACGCCCACCCUCAUCUAUCUGGGACACAUUCUCCACCUGGUGCGGAUGGAGGAGAAACGCAAGGAGAAAGACAGGGAGAUGAAAGAACACGGAGACAAAGAGACUCCCAUCGUGGAUCAUCACAAGAAAGCUCUUAUAAGGGAUGAGAAAGGACGAGUGCGGCUUCAGGGGGAGCUCCUGCGCACGUAUGUCUUCAAUGUCAUCUUUAAGACAUUGUUUGAGGUGGGCUUUAUUGUAGCCCAGUACCUCUUGUAUGGUUUUGAACUGAAACCGAUGUAUACAUGUGACAGACCACCUUGUCCAAAUGUGGUUAACUGCUACAUAUCCCGCCCCACAGAGAAAACUAUAUUCAUCAUCUUCAUGCUCGGGGUUGCUAGUGUCUCGCUGUUCCUAAACCUCAUAGAGAUCUACCACCUGGGUUUCACCAAGUGUCGUCAGGUCAUCACCUUCAAGAGAAACUGUCAAAACCAGCAGAGCAUCGCCAAGGGCCCCAGUGAGGCUGCCCUGCCAAUCGUACCAAGCUAUGAUGACUACUUUCGAGGACACCGACAAGUCCAGCCAUCUUACCCGCCGGUACCCAGCUAUGACCUCUCCCCCCUGUCCGAGGGUACAGACUCGUCCUUCCAUCCUUACCACAGCAAGGCAGCCUACAAACAGAAUAAGGACAAUUUGGCGGUUGAGAGGAGCAGCAGCAAGCCAGAGGAAUGUGACCUAAAGGGAAAAAAAGGAUCUGGAUCCGCCCCUGCGUCUCCCACGCAGAACAGGUCUGGCUAUGGUGGAAAGCACAGCAGCAGCCGGACUAGAAUAGAUGAUCUGAAGAUAUGAGGAGGUUUACGUUUCUUGGAAGGGUCUUAAAACGGUUGUGAGGGGAAUCUUACUUUGUCGGGAAAGCUGUUUGUACAUGCUGAUCUCACCCUCUCACACAAGACGGCUCAGGUUUGACUCAUUCCAACUUUGGAGGGGGAUUCUAUUUCAGAGGAGAUCCAAAUGUACAUGUACACCUAAACACACAUGGGUUACAUUUUUCUAGAUGAACUUUCCGACUUUACCGACAUUUCAUUUCUUAUUUGAUGAAACUUAAUUGUUUUUUUUAUUACCGGUAUUAUCUUAGGCUGGAUCAUGCAUUUGUUUGUGAAACACAAAGGUUAAGAGAAUGUUUUAGACAAAAAUCGAUUAGUAUUGGUGAUUACUGAAAUAACUUGUGAACGACAUGAUUCUUUCUGCAUUGAAUUACAUAGUUUGGACAGGUUAAAAUGGCCUUUUUCUCCUCUUUCCUCGAAGCUUGGACGCUUCUCGGAGUCCUGUACAGGAACGUGUUCGGCUCUGGCUUGACUUUAGUGAAUGAAAUAAGAUAGGGUGAAGAGUUAAGUUUAGCUUCCUUUGCCUGUUUUGAGGUCACGAUCAAGUUCACUUGCUCUGACUUGAGGAGAAGAAUUGUGCAAUACAUGACAACACAUGGGACACUGGAUUGGCUGUAUCUGAUUCCACAAGAAGUUGGACUGGUGUCAGGAGUUCUAAGAUUUGUGCUGUCUCUUUUGUUUUUGGAUCGUGUUUCAACAGCCAUGAAGUAGAUAAUUGUGAACACAUUUUUUGGGGUUGAUCCUUGUUUGUAUGUGUAUUUGUUUCCUGUAAAGCACUUGGUGACGACCGUGUUUGUUUAACUGCUCGAAAUAAACCUGUCUUAAAUUUGCA